AUGCACUUCACUACCAAGUCCGGGGCCGCCAUGGCCCUGAUGGCCGCCUCCGUCCUCGGUAGCGAGAUGGCCGUCGAUGAAGCUCGCGCUGCCGAGCUCUUCGACUCGGGUGUUCGCCAUGAGGAGAUCAUGGCCGAGAAGAUUGCCCACUGGCACGCCGAGGAAGAGGUUGGCCUGAUGAACUCCUCCCACUGGCCCCGUCUCAGCUACACCAAGUGCGUCAACGGCUACGCUGAGGCCGUCCCUGGCGACCCUCUACACAAGUUCAAGUGCAGGAACAUCGACCUGUACGACUUCAUCAACCAUGCCACCCUCGGCUCGCCCAACACCGAGUACCGUGGCAAGAGCGGUAGCUCCAGCUGGGGCUGGACCGACCCCGAGUCGGGCCGCGAGUUUAUUGUCAGCGGCAUGUACGAUGGCUGCGCCAUGAUCGAAAUCCUGCCCGAGGGUCGCAUGUUGCAUCUGGGCUUCCUCCCGAAAUACUCCCCCGUCAGCGACCGCGCCUACUGGACCGAGAUCCGCCCCUACAGGCACUACAUGCUCAUCGGCAGCGAGCUCGCCGACCACGGCGUGCAGAUCUUCGACAUGCGGAAGCUCCUGGACAUCGACCCCGCCGAGGCGCCCGUCACCUUCGACAACGACAAGGACCUGACGGGCCACUUCAUCGAGACGCUCCCGCUGGGCCGCAGCCACAACGUGGUCGUGAACGAGGAGGCCAACUACGCCGCCGCCGUCGGCGUCACGCCUCGCAACCAGGGUUGCAUGGGUGGUCUUUACUUCUUCAGCUUGGAGGACCCUUCCAAUCCCGUUCCCCUGGGCUGCGAUGGCAAGGAUGGUUAUGUCCACGAUGCCCAAUGCCUGAUCUACCGCGGCCCUGACGAGAAGUACUUUGGCCGUGACAUUUGCUACGGCUAUAACGAGGACACCCUUACCAUCUACGACGUGACCGACAAGAGCGACACCAAGAUCAUCUCGCGCACCUCCUACGAGGGAGCCGAGUACACCCACCAGGGCUGGGUCAACGACCUCAACUGGCAGGAGUGGCUGUUCAUGGACGACGAAUACGACGAGGUCGACAAGUCGGGUCCCGCCGGCGACGGCUACCCCGUGACCUACAUCUGGGACAUCCGCUCGCUGGAGAACCCGAAGCAGACCGGCUUAUACAAGGGCACGGUCAAGUCUAUCGACCACAACCAGUACGUCGUCGGCGACCUGAUCUUCCAGUCCAACUACGCGGCCGGCCUGCGCGUGUACGAUAUCUCGUCGGUGCCGGAGGACCCCACAGGUAACGGCGUGUGCGAGAUUGCCUACUUCGAUAUCUACCCCGAGGACGACGACCUGCCCGGCGGCGGUAUUAUCGAGUUUUCCGGCUCGUGGUCCUCGUACGCUAUGUUCCCGUCCGGCUUUGUCUUUAUUAACACGAUCGAGCGCGGCGGGUACCUUGUCAAGAUGACUAAGCGCGAGAGCUGCAAGCCGAACUCGUGCAGUGCGGAUAACUGCCUGCGCGCUAUGCGGGCUAGCCAUAUCGAGGGCCGUCUGGAGGAGAGCCAGGAGUUCUGCGGCGAAUUCACCAAGACGUUCGUGGCGGAUGUGGCUGUUGUUCCCGAGUAUGCGGCCCAGGCGUGCCAGACGAACGUGAUUUCGAGGGUUAGCUCGGCUUGCUCUUGCCUGCCUACCCCUACCCCUGCCCCUACUAGCAGUGAGGUCCCCGAGCCUACUGAUGAGUGCCUUUUGUAA